AUGUCGAACCCCUUUGGUGGUGAGGGAGGAGGAGGAGGAGAUGGAUCGGAUAAUGCUGCCGACAGGCCUCCGGAAGGUGCCAGUGGGAACCCCUCCGGGAAUGCUGACGUUAGCCCCUUUGGGAGUGCUGACGCUAGCCCCUUUGGGAGUGCUGACGCUAACCCGCUCGGCGGUGCCGAUGCUAAUCCGUUUGGGGGUGCUGGUGAAGACUCCUCUAACAGUGCUGGUAGAGAUGCCCUUGGUAGCCCCAAUGGAGCCUUAGACGGUGCAUCCCGUGGCGUCUUAGAUGGAGUCGUUAGUGGUCAGGACGGAUACCCUCUCAGCCGUGCAGGCGGAGGUUCCCCCGCGGUUGGAGGCUUCCGUGGUAGCCCAGGGGAAGCAUUGGAUUCUGGCGGUGUUCUAGAUGGACCACGGCGCGAUAGUCUGGACUCUCUUGAUGGUCCUGGCAGUACUGAUAGACCCACGAGCACUACGUCUGCUCGGCCGACUGCGUUAGCAGGCCUACCUGCUAACGUGGGCAUCGUCCAUUCGCUUCCAACUCGUGCCCCUAGCGGAUCCCCGGGUUCGGGCAUGAACCCGGGGACAAGAGCAUCUCCUGAGGGCAGGCCCAAGAGGGACUUGAGGACCCCACUGGCUGAGAAUUACCGUUUCACUGAUAAGAGUCUCAACCCCUCAUUGGGCGAAGAGCUGGAGUUUGCCCCCGACCCUUGGAGCGAUGGUAUGGGUGGAGUUACUCGUAAAGAUGCAGGAAUGAUAGCCACAGGACUUGGCAACCUCCAGCAACAGAGCAGUGGAGGGUAUGAUCAAAGGAGUCGGGGAAUAUUGGGCCCUAAUGAGGCCCUGGUGUCGUUCAACAACCCUAGCUUCCCAAGCGCGGCUUAUCUGAGUGUAUUUGAUACAGCGAAAGGGCACGAGGAUGGGAUCUUUAGG